AUAAAACGUUUUGCCAUUGCAGACACAAAUACAUGCACAUCCGUUGAGUCCCAAAACUUUCAUUCGGUCUUCUUCUUUCUCCUUUUUGCCCUACUGGUUGGGGUUUCAAAUGCUCUUGAGCCUUGUUGUUGCGAUACUAGUUAAUCUUCUUUUUGGUUUGAGUUGUGGGUUUUCCACGAAGACGCGGUCUGGAUUUGGAUAAUUCUUGUGGAUUAAUAGUCUUUGCUCAUGCCGACCCUCGUCAACUACCGUGAUGGUCCAAGCAAAAGUGUGAAGAUCACCGACUUUGGGUUAUCCAAGAAUCCUGGAGAUUUGAAUGAGCUCAUGACAAAAAGGUAUGAUUUCCGAGGAACACCACUUUAUAUGUCUCCAGAAUCUUUUCUAGUCGGUGAAAUCAAAGGUUGUUUGGAUAUAUGGUCUUUGGGUUGCGUGGUGGUUGAGAUGAUUAGCGGAAAGCCGGCAUGGGACUCAACAGGCGGCAUGGAUGGUUUGUUGAUUCAAAUUGCUACAGAGUCGCCCAGCAUACCUGAAACCAUGUCCGAGAUUGGGAAGGAUUUCUUGCGGAGGUGUUUUGCAUGGGACCCAACAGAGAGAUGGACGGCUGAAAUGUUAGUGCAUCAUCCUUUUCUCCUUGAGACUCGAGCUCCGCCGCCAUCUACAACAACUGCUCUUGGUUUUUCUUUAUCAAAGAAGCUGCCUCCUCCACCACGUCCUGGGUUUGAAUCGAUUGCAAAGAGGACGUCAUUGCCCAAAAUUCUGCCUCCUCCUCUUCCUGGGUUUGAAUCGAUUUCGAGGAGACCCGUGUUUCAAAAAAAUCUGCCUCCUCCUCCUCCUGGGUUUUCUUCCAAAAGAAUCCUUGCAUGA